CGUUAUGCAGGUGUUUCUCUGCUUGUUUGUCUAUUCCAUUAUCAAUUUGGGCUAUUGUGCAACCAAGCCUAACAUUAUCUUUUUGCUUACGGAUGAUCAAGAUGUGACAGCGCAGUCUCUAGACUACAUGCCAUUUCUUAAUGAAAUCCUGAGAGAGGGCGGCACCGAGUUUGUAAACUACUUUGUCCCGACAGGCCUCUGCUGCCCCAGUCGAUCCACAAUAUUGUCAGGAGAAUUCUGUCACAACACAAAGGUAUGGGACAACGGUGAUCUCAACAAUAGCACGUUUCUCAGUGGAGGAUUCGAAAAGUGGGUUAACGAGAGUUUGGAGGAGAUGACGGUUGCAACAAUUAUGAAGGGUGCAGGCUAUGAGACGUUCCUUUGUGGGAAGUAUAUCAAUGGAUAUGGGGAUAAACAUGCUGAUCACGUGCCUCCGGAUUGGGAUGUCUGGAUUGGAAUGACCGACACGAGCUACUUUGAUCCACACUUUUCGAUGAAUGGUUCUCUUGUUAAAACAGGCAAAAAGACUUAUCAGACUGAUUACAUCAGAGAUAGAUCAUUGGAAUUUCUCAAGGGAAGAAGUGACUCGAAGCCAUUCUUUAUGUAUGUUGCACCAUUUGCUCCUCAUGCACCUGCCACUCCAGCUCCACGUCAUGAAAAAUUGUUUAGCAACAAGCAGGCACCUCGGUUUAAUUCAUUUAAUCCUCCAGAUGAAGUUCAGCAUCAGAAGCCUUCAUGGCUUGGACGACUGCCUAAGUUGACAGAAAAGCAAGUAGAAGGAGUUGACAACUUUUAUCGCAACAGGCUACGUUCAUUGCAAGCAGUCGAUGAGAUGUUGAAAAAUAUAACUGAUAUGUUGGACAAGCAAGGCAUUCUUAACAACACUUACAUUUUCUACAUGGGAGACAAUGGACAGCAUCUUGGUGAUUAUCGGCUUCCCGGUGGUAAACGUCAGGGAUAUGACACAGACAUCAGAGUACCAUUUCUAGUGAGAGGCCCGGGUGUUCCACGUGGACUGAAGGUGCAUGAAGUUGUGCAGAGUGUCGAUCUGUUACCAACAUGGGCAGAUAUUGCCAGUGCAGUCAUUCCAGCAAAUAAAUCAGUUCACGUGGAUGGAAAGAGUAUCUCAGAGCUAUUUCAACGUGGCACAGCAGAUGAGAAUGGUGUUAACGUAUUUCGUUAUGUCGGUUUGGCUGAGAUGUUUGGCGGCUCAUCAAACAUGGGAAGUACCUACAAGGGAUUACCAGGAUUUGAGAAGAACAGAUUUUGGAACAACACGUAUCAAGGAAUCAGGGUCAUCAACGGUUCCGACUGGGCAGCUGGUGCAAACUGGUAUUAUGCUGAGUGGUGUACGGGAGAGAAGGAGUUCUAUAAUCUGACUGAUGAUCCACGUGAAAUCAAAAACUUGGCUUUAUCGCUGGAUGCAGACCUGUCUGAUAAGUUGUCUGCUAUGCUACACAAAGUUGGGACAUGUAGUGGAGAGGAGUGUCAACAUCUGUCGCUGCCCGAUAACUACAAAAGUAUUGCUGAUAGCUACACACUUCCCUGUCACAACCCACCAGAUAUGUCAACUAGUGUGGAAGAAAUAGAUGUCGGAUUCCCUUUUUCUGACAGUGAUGUUGUUCCUCAUGGUUGGUCGUAUGGUCACACUUGGGUUAAAGAUUUGGAUUGACACUUGUUUGCAGUUGUGACUGUUAGUGUUACUUGCACGUCAAGUUGUCAGUUUUGAACUCUUCUUUCCUUUUUUCUGCCCUGAUUGCUUUGGUCUUACGAGAUUUCUAUAUUGUUUAAAGGUUCUGAACUGUUGGUGUCAGUUUCUAUAU